AUGCCGCACCAAGUCUUCCUCGGUAGCGAUUGCUACACGGAUUCGGCCGCCCAGGAGCUCGUGGCCCGAGCAAACAAGACGAGCCAGCCCAAGAUCAAGCACAUUCGCGGCCAAUGGGUCUACUACGUCGACCUUGCCGAUGCCGCCAAGUCCGUCCUCGGAAAGGUCAAGGAGCUGCUUCCGGAUGCCGAUGCCGAGCUCUUUCUUCACUCCGAGAGCAGCGGAAAGUCCGUCACCCUCUACAUCACGCCCCGCUAUCUGUCCCCGUGGAGCUCGCAGGCGACGAGCAUUGCCCACGUAUGCGGGCUUCAGCAUGACAUUCGACGCAUCGAGCGAGGACGCCUCCUGGUCGUCGACUUCGAGGAGGACUUGGAAAAUGGUCAGGAGGCCUCAUUCUGCGAUGUCCUACACGACCGCAUGACGGAGCUGUUCUCCUUCGAGAUGCCCGUCCUGGACGUCAUGUUCAAGGACGCCGCUCCCGCUUCGCUCGAGGCCGUCGACAUCUUUGCCCACGGCAAGGAUCCUCUCGCCGUCCUGCAGGCAUAUAACAAGGAAAAAGGCCUCAGCCUCGACGAUUCGGAGAUGCGGUACCUCGUUGAUGUCUUUACGAACCUCGGCCGCCCCCCCCACGACGUCGAGCUUUUCAUGUUUGCUCAGGUCAAUUCCGAACACUGUCGCCACAAGGUCUUCAACGCCAGUUGGACCAUUGACGGCGAGCGCCAGGACAACAGUCUGUUCGACAUGAUUCGUAAUACGCACAAGAAGACGCCCGACUACACCGUCUCCGCCUACAGCGACAACGCGGCCGUCCUGCAAGGAGAGCUGGCCAACUUUUGGUCCCCCGACUACUCCACGGGAAGCUGGAAGUUGACGCCCGAAGUGGCCCACGUCUUGGCCAAGGUAGAGACGCACAACCAUCCGACCGCCAUCUCCCCGUUCCCAGGUGCCGCCACCGGCUCUGGCGGAGAGAUUCGAGACGAGGCCGCCGUCGGCAGGGGCUCCGUGACCAAGGGUGGCCUCGCUGGAUUUUGGGUCUCCGACCUGCUCAUCCCCGAUCACCCUGUGCCUUGGGAGACCGACAUCGGCCGCCCCGCUCACUAUGCGAGCAGCCUCGACAUCAUGCUCGAGGCCCCGAUCGGAAGCGCCCGCUUCAACAACGAAUUUGGUCGCCCGUGUCUCACCGGCUGCUUCCGUACGCUCCUUGUGCCCGCCGCCGCCGAUUCUUCGGCCGCCGAUGCCAACGACUGGCGGGGAUACCACAAGCCCAUCAUGCUGGCGGGCGGAGUCGGCACGGUCCGCCCGCAGAACGCGCUCAAGGACGAGCGAUGCGUUCACGAAGGCGCUCGCGUCAUCGUCCUCGGCGGGCCGGCCAUGCUGAUCGGCCUCGGCGGCGGUGCUGCUUCGAGCAACGCCUCCGGCCAAGGAAAUGCGGACCUCGACUUCAACAGCGUCCAGCGCGGCAAUCCCGAGAUGGAGCGGCGAGCGCAGAUGGUCAUCAACACUUGCGCCGCCCUCGGGGACCAUAGCCCCAUCGCCAUGAUCCAUGACGUCGGCGCAGGUGGCUUGUCCAAUGCCCUCCCUGAACUUGUCAAGGAUGCCGGCUUCGGUGGCAAUUUCGAACUUCGAGAGGUCGACAGCGCCGACCGGAGCAUGAGCCCUCUCCAAAUUUGGUGCAACGAGGCGCAGGAGCGAUAUGUGCUUCUCAUCAACCCCGAGAACAUGAACCGCUUCACCAGUAUUUGUCGCCGUGAGCGAUGCGGCUUCUCCGAUGUCGGCUCGGUUGCAUCCAAGGACGCCGAUGGCGUCGCAAAGCUGGUCCUGACGGAUAGGGAGUCCAGGGAGUAUCCGCGACCGAUCGAUCUGCCGAUGGAUGCCCUCUUCCCCCCGAAGCAGCAGCAGGACCGUACCGUGACGUCCAAGAAGCCAAGCUUCCCGCCCUUUGAUGCCCUGGCAUCUCUUCGAAAGGAGUUUGGCAGUGGCCUCGGCGGCGCCGAGCUGUUGACAAAGGCCGUCGAGCGCGUCUUCCAGAUGCCUGCCGUCGGCUCGAAAUCGUUCCUCAUCACCAUCGGCGACCGCACCGUCGGCGGCCUCACCACCCGAGACCAGAUGGUCGGCCCGUGGCAGACUCCCGUGGCCGAUGUUGCCGUCACCGCCGCCUCCUUCAGUCUCGGCGGCAAGCAGCGGACCGGCGAGGCCAUGGCCAUGGGCGAGAAGCCGACGCUCGCACUUGUCGACCCGGCCGCCUCGGCGAGGAUGGCCGUCGCCGAAAGCUUGAUGAACAUGGGCGCCACCGACAUCCUCGGCGAUCUGCGCCGGGUCAAGCUGUCGGCCAACUGGAUGGCUGCCGUCAACCACCCGGGCGAGGGCGCGGCUCUGUACGAGGCCGUGCGUGCCAUCGGCAUGGACAUGUGCCCCGAGCUGAACAUCAGCAUCCCCGUCGGCAAGGACUCGACGUCGAUGAAGGCCGUCUGGAAGGACGAGGACAAGGUGAAGAGCGUGACGGCGCCGGUCUCGGUCGCCAUCUCGGCCUUUUCGGUGGUCGAGGACGUCCGAAACACGUGGACUCCGCAGCUGCAGCGGGUCGAGGACGUCGGCGAGACCAUCCUUUUGUUCGUCGACCUUGCCGAGGGGCGCAAGGCGUUGGGGGGUUCCGCCCUCGCCCAAUCGCUCGGGGCCAUCGGCAACGAGGUUCCGGACAUGAAGAACUUUGGCCUCAUGACCGACUACUACGAUGCCUUGUCCCAGCUGCACAAGAGCGGAGUCGUCUUGGCGUACCACGAUCGGUCGGACGGCGGUCUCAUCACGACCAUCGCCGAGAUGAUGUUCGCCGGCCGGUGCGGUGUCGACAUGAUGAUGGAUGGCAUCUCCAGAACCGGGGAGGCGUCGGACAUGAUCAACGCCCUCUUCAACGAGGAGCUCGGUGCCGUUUUCCAGGUUCGGGCUUCGGACGAGAUCAAUUUCAUGCGGUGCUUCGCCACCUGCGGACCGCCCCCCGGCCUGAUUCGCAAGUUUGGCGUGGUCAAGUCCAAGGCGAGGCAGUCUCUGACGAUCCGCUACGCCGGCGGCACGUUUGCGAACCUCGACCGCGUCGAGAUGCAGCGGUGGUGGACGAAGACGUCGCACUCGAUGCACCGAUUGCGGGACAACCCGGCGUGCGCCGACUCCGAGCACGCCCUCAUCGGCGACUCGGAGGAUCCCGGCAUAUCCUACAACCUGACCUUUUCGCCAGCGGACAAGAUCCUACCCCUGUCGUCGUCCAUCCCCGCCCUGUUCGGCAAGACGCCUCGCGUCGCCGUUCUUCGAGAGCAGGGCGUCAACGGCUACGCCGAGCUGGCCUUUGCUUUCAAGGCCGCCGGCUUCGAGCCCAUCGACAUCCACAUGACGGACGUGCUGGACGGCCGUUCGCUCGCCGACUUCACCGGCCUGGCCGCACCCGGUGGCUUUUCGUACGGUGACGUCCUCGGCGCCGGCCGGGGCUGGGCCAAGUCGAUAUUGAUGCACGAGAACACUCGGCGCGAAUUCUCUCUCUUCUUCGAGCGACCGGAUACCUUUGCUCUUGGCAUCUGCAACGGAUGCCAGAUGCUGACGAGGAUCAAGGAGCUGAUCCCCGGGACGGAGCACUGGCCGUCAUUUGUCGACAACAACAGCCAGCAAUUCGAGGGCCGCUUCAGCAUGGUCAAGGUGGAGGAGGACGAGAGCAAGCCGUCCGUCUUCUUCCACGGCAUGAACGGCUCCACCCUGCCCGUCGUCGUCUCUCACGGGGAGGGCAGGGCCAAGUUCCCUUCGUCCAGCUCGGCGCAGGAGCUCUCGAGCGCGGGCAUGAUCCCGUUGCGAUACGUCGACAACCGGCUCCAGGUGACGGAGCAGUACCCGUACAACCCGAACGGCAGCCCCGGCGGCGUUGCCGGCGUGUCGAGCAGGGACGGACGAUUCGUCGCCAUGAUGCCUCACCCGGAGCGCACGGUGCUGGCGGACGUGGCGAGCUACGUGCCGGUCCAGACGCGCUCGUCGGUGGGUGGGUUAGAGGGCGAGGUUGCGACGGUGGUCAUGGCCAUGAUCAUGGACAUGAUAUGGAUCGGGGAUGUGCCCUAUGGCCAUGGUCAUGGACAUGAUAUGGAUCAGGGGUGUGCCCUGAAGGUCCUGAAGGUCCCGACCCGAUAA